AUGUCGCGAGUAACGUCACUUUCUGGGCUUUUCAUCAUUGGUACUUUCAUUUCUCCUCGAAGACCGCAGCCCAAUGAUCCGCUGCAAAUUGAGCUAAGGCGUCAAGAGCAAUGUCUGCUCGAACCUAUAUACAAAUUCCUCCGAACAGAACACUGCGGUGUCCAGGUCAUAUACCAUAAUGUGCAAAGCUUCGCCGAGCACAGAGAUCGAAUUGAAAAAGACACCGUUUUCACAGCGAGUGAUAUCAUACUUGUCGGAAAAACGUGGGCACUGCCAGCUGAGGAAAUCAGUGUCAGUGGCUUUGAAGCAGUUUCACGAAGUGAUUGCGUCGGAUAUGCUAGUAGACCACGUGGUGCAUGUUGCCUUGUAUCGAAGCGACUAAUGGAUCACGUACAUGAUGCAGCAGGGAUAAAGAUGGGUGAAAAUGAGGAUGUAAUUGACGCUGCUACCAUUAAACUGGAUGGCGUGCUAAUUGCUGGUGUGUACGCGACGCCUGGAGUCACAAACGACCGCAUUCAUGCAUUCCUGUCAAGGAUUUAUACCGAAGACGGCCGUAAAAUUAUAUUGGGUGACUUCAAUCGCAAUGUGUUAUAA